AUGUCUCCCCCCAUCGUCAUCGUCGGCGCCGGCGCUUUCGGCCUCUCCACGGCGCUGCAUCUCUCGCAGAAUGUCAAGCCCGACGAGAUCCUCGUGCUGGAGCAGGACACGCAGAUGCCUCCGCGCUCGUCGGCUGCCAAUGACCUGAACAAGAUCGUGCGUGCGGAGUACGAGGAUCCGUUCUAUACCGAUCUGACCUUGAAAGCAAUCAACGCCUGGUCCUCCGGUCCCUUCGCCGGGCACUUCCACCAGACCGGCUUCCUGCACUGCGUGUCCUCCGAGGCCCCGGCGCCCGCCAUCGCCACGCUGAACCGCUUCCACGCCUCCGCCAACUCGCACGCCGACAUCCAGCCUCACGUCGUGCCCCUAGACAAAUCCUCCCUCGUGAAACCGCACCAGAUGGGCCCCUACCCGGGGUCCAUGCCCGGCUGGCACGGCUACCUCAACAAACUCGACGGCUGGGCGCACUCCGCCAAAGCCCUCGUCGCGGUAUACGAAGCCGCACGCCAGGCCGGCGUCCAAUUCCGCCUGAACACGCGCGUCGCCGAACUCAUCUACACCCCGGCCGCAGCCGGACAGAAGAAAUGCACCGGCGUGCGACUCGCCUCGGGCGCUAUCCUGCCCGCCCGCCAGGUCAUCGUCACCGCCGGCGCCGGCGUCUCACCGCUCCUCCCGGCCCUGAACCGCCAAAUCACCGCAAAGGCGUGGUCGGUGGCACACAUCCAACUGACGGCGGAUGAGGCGGCGUCGUUGCGCGGGAUCCCCGUCACCUACGCGCGCGACCUGGGCUUCUUCUUCGAGCCGGACACGGACAACCACCUUUUGAAGCUGUGUCCGAUGGGCGGGGGGAUCGUGAACACGGACUUGCGCACGGGAUUCUCCACCCCAGACUUCAUGCCGUAUCUGCCGCGCGAGGACCAGGCGAAGAUGCGGGCGUUGCUGCGCCAGACCCUCCCCUGGUGCGCGGACCGGCCGUUCGUGCGUCCCUCGCUGUGCUGGUUCGCGGACACCGAGGACUCUGAUUUCAUUGUCGAUUAUGUCCCUGGGUCGGGGGAGAGUGUGGUCAUUGUGUCCGGGGACUCGGGGCAUGGGUUUAAGAUGUUUCCGUUGGUCGGGGGGUGGGUGGUUGAUCUGCUGGGGGGAAAGAAGGUGGAAAGAUGGGCGUGGAAGGAGAACGACGGGAAGGACUGGAAGGGCGAGAGUAGUUGGCGGUUGGGCAGUUCGAUGGAGUUGAGGGAUUUGAAGGGGCAGGAGAGUAAGGCGAAGUUGUAGGUUUGUUUGUUUUAUCUGUUUUAUUUACUAUGUGUUAUGUGUUAGAGUUGGUUGGU